UGAAAAAGGAAAAUAGAAGAACAAAUAAAAAAAGGCAAAAGCUAAGGAAACAACAGAGGAAUCAUUUCUAGCAACCCCUUCUUCAAACUUCUGCAAGUACUCCUGUGUUGCUGUACUAGUCGAAGAGAAGUAAGUGGAAAUUCUAUAAUUAUUGUUGAAUCAGAAUGGACCAGCAAGGGCAUGGUCAAGCCCCAGUGGUAGGAGCAGUUGCUGGGGCAGGCCAAGUUCCAUAUGGUGCGGCAUACCCACCUAACCAAGUUACUGGGGCACCCUUAGUUGGUUCUGUAGGUGUGCAUGGUUCUGCACAACCUUCUGGUGCACAAAUGGCCCAGCACCAGCUUGCUUACCAGCAGAUCCAUCACCAACAGCAACAGCAGUUGCAGUCCCAACUCCAGUCUUUCUGGCAGACUCAGUACCAGGAAAUUGAGAAAGUCACUGAUUUUAAGAACCACAGCCUUCCUUUGGCAAGGAUCAAGAAGAUCAUGAAGGCUGACGAGGAUGUCAGGAUGAUCUCUGCUGAGGCUCCAGUGGUGUUUGCUCGGGCAUGUGAAAUGUUCAUACUUGAGUUGACCCUGCGAUCAUGGAACCACACUGAAGAGAACAAGCGGCGGACGUUACAGAAGAAUGACAUUGCAGCAGCAAUCACAAGGACAGACAUCUUUGAUUUUUUGGUCGACAUUGUUCCACGGGAGGACUUGAAGGAUGAUGUGCUUGCGACUCUCCCGAGGGGUGCAGGGAUGCCUGUUCCUGGUCCUGCAGAUACUCUUCCCUACUACUAUAUGCCACCAACACAGAACCCUGCACAGGCCGGAGCUCCAGGUGUGAUGAUGGGUAAUCCUAAUGCGUAUGCCGCACAGCCUCAGCCUUACAUGGGUCAGACAAUGUGGCCUCAGGCUCCACCUCAGCGACAGCAAUCAUCUUCUGAUGCUUAGCAUCUUUUAAUUUAAAAGGCUCAUGGGCAUGGCUAGUGGGCAUUAGGAAGAUGCAAUAGGAUUUGCUGAAGCUGGGUGGGCAUAGAGUGGAAAUUUGAUCAUCUGUGAUACAGUUCAUCUUCUUAUUAACUUAUGUAUUUGGCUAUUAGCCUCUCUUAUGUGAGUUACAUACUAUGAUUGUCAUCAAUAGCUUUGCCGCUAGAGAUUAGUUGGGUCUUUUUGACCGAAUUAGAAUUCAAAAGUAGCACAGAUAAUUUGUUUUUGACUUCUCUGUUAUUGCAUGUCUUAUCAUUGCAAAUGUGUCAAGAGGUGAUCAUGUAUUCACUUUUAUUUCCUCUCACUGUUUUGUGCCUUUUUUAGCUUGGGAUUUAUGUAGGGGAUGUUGAGGGAAGUAAAUAUUAAUGGGAUUA